AUCAGCAGAAAGAGUUGGUAUUUAUUGUUAUUUUAAUAAUUAGAAAUGCAAUGAAUCUUGCACAUAAUCUAAUAGACAAUAAUACUAUUGAAUUAAAACCAGAAUAUCAUUUUAAUGAAGUUAAAAAACAAUAUCAAGAAUUAGCAACUAUAUAUUCCUUGUUAAGUAAAAUUACACCUCAUGUUUUAUCAUUAUUGCAACAUGAUUUAACAAGAGAUAUUAGUGCACCAGAAACUUCUCAAUUUAGAGAACUAGAUGAACGUCUUAGAUUAAUACUUGAAAUUGGAGAUCCAGAUAUGUUAGUUGAUUUAAAAGUUAAUAAUGAUUUUAAAA